AUGAUUGAGUUGCUCGCUGAGGCUACGGAGUGGUGCGUUUGGCUUGCCUGGAUCUGCUGGGCGUUUGGGUGGAGCGUCGUGCGUCAUCCGUGGACUGAGAUGGGGUGGGCGGCAGCCGUCCGCCACUGGUCUGGAUUGCUCUGGGCCCUGAGCGGCGCCGUCGGCUGGAUGAUCACCAAGCCGUUGUGGUGUGUGGUGGGGCGGACCGUCGGCGCUGUAUUGGAAUUUGUGAUCAAGUGGACCGGGCUGUGUAAGACUUGCAUCCGGCGCUACCGGAUCUUCGCCGACUACGUGAGGAUUGUGGAGAGGACUCCGGCAGUGCGUCGCUGGAAGCUGUACGAGGCGUUGUUCCAGACGCCAAUGGUGGUGCUAGAGGACGAGGCGGAAAGCGAGGACGGGUUGGGACGUCUUGCCCACCGCUGGCUGGAGGCCUAUCACGCCUUGUGGUGCGUGUUCCUACCCGACGUGCUCGAGUUGAGCUGCAAGUCUACAGUGAAGUAUUGGAUUGGCUCCAGCGCGGAGUGUCACCGAACAAUGGACCGUGCGUGCUGUGUUUUCCGCGCUUUCGCGUCACUCCUAGGAUUGUUUGCCUACGCCGGCCUGUACACGGCCGUCUACGUGUACGAGUUUGUGGAAUGGAUUCUCUAUGGAAGCUGCGGCGUCGGGGCGCUACUACUGCUGGGGAACUACGUACUGGCGGAGAGGCAUUUUGGUGUCGACGGCGGAUUCGCCUGGAACGACGAUGUGGUGCUUGCCAGUGGUUGGACCGUCUUGCUAGCCGCUACUAGCCGCCUACUGCGGUGGGGCGAGGCCUCCAAGGGCCGACGCACGCCUAAGCAAGUCGCUGAGGACAGAUACGCUCGGUGGACGAAGGACCUUGAGGAGCAGGAGCAGGCCGAACGCCUCAGCAAAGCGUUCUGGAAGGCCGACGGCUGUGUGGGUCUCAAGCCAAAGGUGCGGCGGCUGAGCGAAGUGCGGGCGCGCCGAGAUGCUCACCGUGCCCGGAAAACUGAUCAAGGCCCUACGGGUGCUCGACGAGGGCGUCAAGCUUCAGUCGGGGAGGGUGUCACGAGUGGUUCUGGCGGCCACCGUCUUGGGCACGCGGUGAGGCGGUGGGGUGAGCGGUACCGCCUCGCUGUCGUGGUGUACAAAAUCGUGGACGAUGAUUGCGAAACGAUGCCUGACGGCGGGAACGAGGACCGUGGAGGACGAGGUGCGAGUCGCAUGGAAGAAGGUAAGAGCUUGUUGCUUCUGUUUAUAUCUCCGUACUGUUCUACUUCUAUACAGCGUCGACCGUCCCAUCCAAGGACGGCUCGCGACACGCUGAAGCGAUUAAGUGAGAGCAGUGGCGAUGCUCAGCCCAAGCGAAGAGUUGCAUUCCGCUUUGUGGAAGGCUUCGACGAAUCGUCCGACUCGCGCACGCUGCGACUGGCCGACCACUUGAUGGCGGCCGAUAAGGACGAUCAACCCAUGACUACGCCGUCUGGACUGCACGGUGGGGUCAUCACCAAUACGAUCAACGCCAAGAACAACAACAUCCUCGUGAAGAACAGCAGGAUUGUUAUUUCCAAGGCCGACCGCGUGCAGCUUGCGAAGAAAAUCAAGGAGAUGAUGGCGAACAGUCCGGAGGCGGGACCGGCAAGUGCGAUGACGACCGAGGACCUCUUUGGUUUCCUGUCGGGUCUCGCGUCAAACCCUGCGGUACUCUCCAAUGCUGCAGGUAUUAUUUCGUCGGCGGCUAGCGGUAACACUCCAGCGUUGGUUGGUCACGUGGUGGGUCUGUUGGGCGCAGCACUGCCGCCUGCUACUCCGGCACCCGAUGUGGAAACCCCCGCCCCUGUUGCGCCAGCGACCCCAAUGUACGCGGUUCCUACAACUGCCGCGUCCCCUGAGCUUCCGUCCACGUCGGCGUAA